AGGAGGGAGGGGAGCGCGCCGAGGAGAGAUAUAGGAGCGCCAACUGCCGCUCGCCUCAAAGCACGAAAAGGUUUGAGCGCAGGGGGAGGGCGCGGGCUGGCGGGUGGUGGUGGGCAGCCGCGAGGCAGCCGGGGCUCUUCGGUGCGCGUCUUCGCGACAAGGCAGCGGCCAUGCUGUGCUAUGUGACCAGGCCGGACGCGGUGGUGAUGGAGGUGGAGGUAGAGGCCAAGGCCAACGGCGAAGACUGCCUCGACCAGGUGAAGAGCCGCGCGCGUUUGCUCUCUCUCGCUCUCUCCCCCCCCCUUCCCGCAACCCGCCGUUGGUUCAUGAAUGGUCGUUGAAGGAGCUCGCGACCCACGAGCCGCGACGGGGCUGCUCUCGCGCGCUCUCUGCUUCGCCUCGAGAUUCUCCGAACGAGAGCCGCCGCCUUUUCUCGUGCUCGGUGGGACUGGACACAGAGCAGCUGGGGAUCGGGAUGGGGGGAUGCAGGCAAGGGGAGAGGGAUGCGACGGCCUCGGAGCUGCGGAGCCUGCAGCGACGCUGCUGCUCUGGCUUCCUCCCACGCGUUGCUUACUGAGCUGCUGGCCCCCCCCCCUCGCAUCCCACAUCCUGAAAUCCCCCCCCCUUUUUCUAGCAUUAGCCACGUGGCACUUUGCAGGGGCGAUGGCAGGUGACUUGACUGCCCCCCCUAAAUGUAUCGCCCCUGCAUGGGGAAUACUGUGCUUGGCAAGGCAUGUGGACUAAUCGUUAUAUUUGUUGCGGCAGGCAACUGAACCCUGCAAGGCUCUAGUUUUCGUUGGCACCACGUGGUGUAAAUGUACAUGGCACAUGUGAGCGUGGGAUUGAUUGAACCGUCUGCUUUCAACCUGUGCAUGGAGAAGUUCAGGGUUUUAUGCAGUGGCCCAGCUGCGCCCAUUGUUUAUGCUCAUUUAACCCUGAACGUUCACCCAACUGUACAUGUUUUUGGCAGGAGACCCAAGUCUUUGGAUUUGGUGUUUACAACAUGGUGAAUAUUCUUGCACAGAAGGAUCAUUCUUUCUACAAGCUUUAGGUAUGAGGUGUUGGUUCUGGCACUCUAAGAGCAAUCUGAUUUAGCUUGUCAUUUUGUAGUAUAUGCUUGUUUAUCAGCUCCACCAGUAUCAAGUGGCAUAUUGUUUUGUGGACUUCUGAAGUUUGUUAAACAACGUCUUGCCACACUACUUCAUGAUGAUUCUUGUACUAACUUUUAUGAUGCUCCAAUUUUUAAUCAUAGGUUUGUAGACGACUGGGCAUUAUAGAAGUUGAUUACUUCGGACUCCAGUUCACAGGCAGUAAAGGAGAGAAUUUGUGGCUGAAUUUGCGAAAUAGAAUAUCCCAGCAGAUGGAUGGUCUGCCUCCUUACAGACUGAAACUACGUGUCAAAUUCUUUGUGGAGCCCCAUCUCAUAUUGCAAGAACAGACAAGGUAAGAAAGAACUCCCAGUGAGACCUGUUCAUACUUUAUUUUCAAUAUAUGCAACUCUCCAGUAGAAGUUUAGAAUGUGACUUGAAUGUGUCUGUAGAACUGAAUCUGAAGCUAAGGUCUUAUUGUAAAAUAGUAUUUGUUAUGGGGAAUAAAACAUACUGGGUAGUACCUCUUGUAAUUACAGGAGCCUUUCUACAAGUGGAAGUAACACAAAGUGUUUGCCCGAUAGUAACCUCAUAGCAGUGUUAUUGCAGGUCGUUUUAAAAUGUUCAUAGCAGGAAACUGUUCCACCCAGUGUUUCAGUUUACAGAGCUCUGAUAUCAUAUUACAGUAAUGUUUCAAACAAGUUUAGGCGCUGCUUCAAACCACAAAGAGAAAACAGCUGGUUUCUCCCUUUAGGAAAUAUGUAGCUAUCUUAAGCUUACACUUGAAUUCAAACACUGACAAAAAUCGUGUAAUUACACUUUUAAAAUGCACUUGGAAGACUCCACCUUUAUUUUCUAUGGGGCUUAUUUAGGUAGGCUUCAUGGUAAAAUUUCACCCAGCCAUAUAAUUCUUAAGAUGAAAUGUUUCAGUAGCAUGGUGAGAUUUUUUAAAAAUACAUUUUAUUGUAGAAAAAUGCUCACUUCCAAACUGUAGCCUGCUAUAGAUGGUUGCAGAUAAUCACAACUCUUCCAUGAAUGCAUUUAUGCUGUUCUCAUGCUUUGUACAUAAUGUUAUUCUAUUGUAACAAUGAGUUAACUAUUUGUUAGGCAGGCAACUUGCGAAUCUGGAUGCUGCUAGGUUCAUGGGAUGGCAGGGCUGCUAAUAUUUUAUUGACUAAAAUAGUUCUGAAAUAAUCUGUACAGCUUUUUAAUAUUCAGGCUGCAUCUUCUUUUUUCUUUUUUAAGUGCACAGACCUCCUGUGUUGUGUAUUAUGUUUUCAAAAGCUUUCAUUGCAUGUGAUGGAACAAUAUUUCUUACAUGAAUUACUUUGGUUAAUAUUUUACUUUUAAGAAAACAAUGCUGUGCAUUAUAACUUGGGGAUAUUUUUCAUACUGCUAUAGUUACUGUGCAAAAUCUGGCUUACAGCUGUCUGGGACUUUAAAACCUUAACACUCACACAUUUUUUGUGCUAGACUUGCAAAGUGAAGACCAGGAGUUCCAUCCUGUCAUAUGUUAAUAUAGCAACAAUUUUCUGAACUGCUUUGAAAGGCUAUGAAUGUUGGCAAAUUCCAAAGAAUGAGAGUACCAGUGUAGGGGGGAACCCAUUCUCUUUGUCAUCGUCCUCCAGGCUUAAGAGAUUCAAUGUUGACGUCUCAUCCUCACUUAGUCUGUGCCAUUGAAAAAGAAUAGGCAUCAGUUUGAGAGCACUGACAGGAUCAGUUCCCUUGUAUUUGCAUAUUGUUUGUGUAGAAAACAGUGUACUGAGAUUAGGUUAUUCUUUUGAAGUAUCAACCAUUGUGUGAAUAUGUAUUUGUAAAUGGAAGUUUUGUAUAUGUGUAAGAGAUAUGUGAGAGCUGGCUAUUAUAAAUUUCAAGAGUUCAACCCUAGAGCACUCUCCACAUAAAUUUGAAUUAGAUUGGAUUUUGAAGACGUAAUGGUCUGUUUUGAUUUGACUUGACCCGUGAAACUGCUUUUAAUAGGCUUGAGAACAUGACAUUAAGUGUGAAACAGUGGUUGCUGUUCUGCUGUUUUACUUAAUUAAUAGGUUGAAUGAUUCUUCAAACCUAGAUUUCCACAGUAGCAAAUCAUUGUUAUUACAUUUGCCCAUAUUCUACUAUAGUAAUUUAUAACCAGGAAAAGAAGCCCAAACAGUGUGUCAGCUGAAAUUUCAUGGUCUUAAAUAUGAACACCUUUAUUCCAAGUCCAUGUGCUAAGUUGAAAUGCUUCAGGAUACAUAGUUCCUGGUAUCUGAAUAUUGUAAAAAGUGGGGGAUGGUGAGAAGAAACAAAAAAACUUUAAUUAAGAUGCUCCUGUAAUUACUUUAACUUUUAAAAGGAAUUGUGCCAGGGUGUUGUGAAGCCAUCUAUAUAAUUGGGAAUUGUUUUGAGUUUGGAUUUAUUCCAGGGAAUUCAGGGAAGCUUCAUGGAGCUGCCUGUUAGUUUGUUUUUAGGUAAAAACAGGAUAGUAAUUGAGAAAUCCAAGGUUCAGAAAUGAGUUGCAAUGAGAAAGUUGAGUCUCAAAACUUAUUCUGGGUGUGGCUGUGUUUUACUCGCUAACAGUGAAGGCUGCAGUGAAGGAUGUGUGGCGGCUGCUCUAGAGAAGCAACAACAAUGUAACUGUAGGUCAUUGACUGAAAGUAACCCUUGUUAAUAGCUGCCAGGCUGUUCUAUGGAAUCGGUGACUGCUGCAUUGGAAGAAAGCCGAGUUUCUGGGGAAAUUAGACUCCUGAUUGGUCUGAAAUGGUUGCUUCAGGGAAGAAAGUUCUGCUUUUGUGGUUGAGGCUUUUUGUGAAGAAGUAACAAGUCUAAACUUUUGUCUACUUUUGGAAUAGUAAGCAUUGUUGACGUUGAGUAAAUAUGUGAAACUUCUUAUAUUAAAUUUUAUCCUUUAAAACUUCUUGUUAAAGUUCAGUAGUAAUACAUUUAGAAUACUGGAAUAAAGUAACUUGUAUUUUGUAGUGAGUGGUCAGAAAUUAAACAGCUACUAUAAUUAAGGACAUGACAAAACCAUUAAUUCCAUUUUACUUUCUAACAUCUAGUGUAUUAGCUUUUUAGUUAGGAACUAAAGUUCAGUUUGAUCUCCGAAGAGAUAAAAUCAGAAUUCUGGCCAUUCUAGUGAGCUAUUUAAAUUUGUUUCAAACAGUUUGCUGCAUUAAAACUGGCUUAUUGAAUUUGCAUGUACAGUACAGUUCACACUUGUACUUCGCAGUCUAAAUAUAUUUUGUCUAGGUAAGUGUUCUGUUUUGCCCAAGUGCAAUUAAAUCUUGUGGUGGUUGCUGAAAAAAGUGUUGAAUCCAUAUAACUACAUGAAGCAUAGCUGAACAAGUUUUCCCCUCCCUUAUCAAUCAACAAUGAUGAACAAGGCUUGGGAAUCUUGCCUCUUCUGCCAUUGUACAAUAUGACAGUAAUAAUAGUUUAUUACCCGCUUUUCACCCUAAGGUCCCAGAGUGGGUUGUAAUAAUUAAAACACAAUGUUAAACACAAUUUAGCACAAUUUACAUCGCUAGAUACCUGUGAGAUUGCCUUACCACAUAUAUGCCCACUCAACCAUAUUGAUAGAAAUGACACUGUUAUAGGUGGGUGCCAUAUAGUACCCAUUCCACAUUUAUAGGAACUCAAAUAUUUUAGUGGAAACACCUACACUUUGGAACUCCCUGCCUAUUGAUGUCGCUUUGGAACUCCCUGCCUAUUGAUGUACUCCUUUUGGUGCCUGCUAAAACAUUUUUGUUUAGACAAGUUUGCCCUAAUGUUUAGAAAACGUUUGUGAGUUUUAAUCUGUUUUUAGCCUAUUGUUAGUUUAGCUCUUUGAAAGUCUUAAAAUGUUGAGGCUGAUUCUUUUUAUUGGCAGUUUUAUUGUUUUAUCUUUUUGUAAACUUCUUUGAGGUUGUUGUUUUCUUUACAAUUAGGAAGUAAAUAAAAGGUAUUGUGUUAUAAACCACAGUAUCCUCCACCUGCUCAGAUUCUUGCACAUUGUUGUUGGCAUCCAUGUGUCUUAAGAGACAAUGGAGUGUGCCUUCAAACAGCUGUGUUAGCACCAAAGUGACCUUCCCAGGGUGCAAGCCUGGGCAGUGUGUAUGGAGGAUCCUGGGCUGUGCAGACGACAGGACCCCUCCCUUGGCCUCGCUGAUGUGGUCCAAAGGAAAGCAGAGCAAAACCUGUGGCACCAGCUUGGCUGUAGGGGUUGCCAGAAGGAGGCGUACAAGGUGCCAUCGGCUUCGGUUUCCCCCCAUAAAGCUGAGGCAUUCUGCUCAAACACUGGCUUACUGCCUCAGUGCACUACUAAAUGUGCAGGGGGGGGGGAGCAGUUGGCAAUCCUGUCACCCCAUUCCAUUCUGCUCGAAAGGUGCUGCUGGUCUCUGGGGUAAGGUUCAGGGGGAGGUUCAAGGGGGAAAGAAGGCUCUUUCAGAUUCUGAUCCAUGUAUUUUAAACUUAAAAAUAGGUUUUCUAUUUUACUGGCUAACUAAUAAAAACCUAGCAUCAUUGACAAGAGUUAUUUGCACAGAAGCUGGCACCUAUCUUGUACUAUAACUCCCUCGCAGAUUGGUGUGCGAUUGUCAUACUUGCAGUCCCAUGAGUUAUAACCAAUAUUGGCCAGAAUAUUCAGUUAUGAUUUUAAAAGAAAUUAUAAAAAAGAUUUUAAUUUUGCAACAGAUCAUUCCAAGAGGAAGUCCUCACCACCGUCUUUCCACUUCUGAGCUAGAAGGAGGGCAAGAUCUGAUUCACAAUACUUAUAUAUUAGUAGGCACAACAAUAUUUCUAAUUUGAUAUGUGAGACAACUAAUCGUCUAUCACCAGAUACUUAACAGAAUAUUAUAGACUCAUAGCUAAACAACCCAUUAUUUUAAGAUGUUUUGUGAAAGGGAAUUUCAUUAAUGCAAGCAGUGUCUGGGUUCUGGGCGCAGUACUAAGCCUAAGAUUUCAGAUUAAAACUGCCACUGCUGGAAGAAAAGGGGGACCUUUUUUCUGCCUCCCCACUUCCAGCCAUUCUCUGAAGACUGGAGAAGAGACCCUCAUAAGAAUAUUAGGGGGGUGGGCAGGGGAAGUAUGGCUUUGUUUUUUGCAGUUUUCAGAUGAGGACUAGACCAUGUAAAAUUGAACAUAAGAUUUUAGCUGCAGUUCGUUCAUUUUCAGCUUUGCAUUCUUGUUACAAAAAAAAGCUCACCUACACACUCCAUGGUGGCACCCACAACCUAGGUUUAAGGUGCCAUUUAGUUCCUAGCUUUUAUAUCUGUUUCUAACACUGCUCAUGACAGAUUUACUAUUCCCCUCAGCCCCAUUUACACUAUACAUUUAAAGUAGUGCUGGGAAGUUUCUGCCUCUGUAUAUCACUUUAUACAAUUCAUUGUAUAUCACUUUAAACAGUCAUGGCUUCCCCCAGUGAAUCCUGGAAACUAAAGUUUGUUAAGAGUUUUGAGAGAUGUUAGGAGACUAAUACCCCUUUCAUAGCACAGUCUCCUGGGAAAAGGAAUUGCCAGUUAAACCACUCUGGGAAUUUUAUCGCUCGGAAGGGAAUAGGGAUCUCCUAACUAGUCUCACUACAGUUUACAGGAUUAUUUGGGGAGGCCAUGAUAUUGCUUUGGGGAAGUGGUACGAUACUGCUUUAAGUGUAUAGUGCAGAAGGGACCUCCUUAAUAUCUGAGAAACACUCAGUACGGACAAGCCAACCUCUGCCAGCUUACGUGUGUUCGGUAUGUGUUGAACUGGCAAUGCAGCUGUGAUGGUGGGGCAGUUCAGAUCUCUGCCUUUCUUUACGUUAAAGCCUUCAGUUUGCUAUGCUUUUAAAAUCAUUGAUCUUCAGAGGAGGUAUCCUCAACAAUUCAUGGUGGGUUUUAUUGUGCCUUAUUGUAAGUUGCCAUCAUCCUUCAGUAAUAUGUGAAGUCACAUGUAAAGGACUUUUCCCCUGACUAAACUCCUGUUCCUUCCUGGAAAUAAACUUAGAAUAGAUGCUGUUCUGUUCACUCACUUCGACUAAAACUUCAUCUUUAAUACUGUCUUUCUAUUUCAAUGUUUCAAGAUGAAUCAGACUUCCAAUUUAUUCUAUAUCACUGAGGUAUUCUGUCAUUUAUUUUCCAAUUCAUACAGAUAGGGAAAUCAGAACAAUAUCUUGUGAAUUUUAAAAGAAGGAGCAGACCUAUUUCUGUCACAUAUUUUACUAAAUAUGACUUAAUACUUUUUUAAAUUAAUUUCCUUUUAGGCACAUGUUUUUCUUGCAUAUAGAGGAGGAUCUUCUGGCUGGUAAUCUUCAGUGUUCUUCUGAACAUGCAAUUGAACUUAGUGCACUACUUGCCCAGUUGAAGUUUGGUGAUUAUAAUCAAAAUACUGCCAAAUAUCAUUAUGAAGAGUUCUGUGCAAAGGAGCUUACCACUACUGUUUUGGACAGGUAAGAGGGUUUGUUUCCUAGGAACAUUACCAUGGCUGAAAUAAUUGUUCAGAUGCAUAUCAUUGGCAAAACCACUGCAGUUGCAAACCACACAUUUUUAUUUGCAGGAUUUAUGCUAACACAGCCAUAUCUAAGACUUCAUUUUCUGUAGUACUCAUAAUAUUUAAGGAUUUUAAUUUUGAAGCUAUAUGUUACCUGUGUAUUACCAUAAUAUAUUUUCCUGAUUCUUAGACUGAUUAAAUAAAAUAUUUUUUAAAAAAGCAGGUCUCAGUGGAAGAAUUUGAAAAUGUUUACAUCUCCUAUUGAACUGAGUAAAGAUUUAGAAUUGUUUAAGUGUGGUGAGAUUGUUCCUCAAUUAGUGUGUGAGUUUUUUAAAGCAUGAAGCCACAUUCAUAGUUCAACAAAUUUUGUAAUCUUGUUUUUCUCAAAAGGCACCUAAUCUUGCCAACAACUGUUUAAUGUGUUGCCAUGUAAAACCUUAAUUCUGAAUAUUACGUAAUACCAUACUUAGUUACAUUUAAAUAAGGACAAAAAUAUACUUAACAAUGUAUCAUUAAAAAUAAAUCUAUACAGUUUAUAACAUUUGAGAUCUUAUUGAUAAAAGCCAGUAUUUAAAUCUUGUAAAUCAUUAAAAGUUACAAAAUGUUCAUGAAGUUGAUUGAAUAUGUCUUUAAACACUGUACCUUGCUUAUGCAUGUCUGAAUGAUUAACCUAUUCUCAACUUUUUGUUACCUACAGUAUUACUGCAAAGCAUAAGGAACUUGAAGGCCUCACCCAAGCUUCAGCAGAGUAUCAAGUUUUACAGAUUGUGUCAACACUGGAGAACUAUGGGGUGGAAUGGCAUUCUGUUAGAGACAGCGAAGGGCAGAAACUUUUUAUUGGAAUUGGUCCUGAGGGUAUUGCCAUGUGUAAAGAUGACUUCACUCCCAUCAACAGGUAAUAAAUGCCUACUAAAUUCCAUUAAAAGGUUCAGAAGAGUUGUGGGAUACACAUCUGUUGUGAUUCAACCAUUGUUACCUGUUGUUCUCUAUGAUUCACGCUCAACUUCACAUGGGUGCACUUCUCCAAUAGGACUUCCCCUUCGCCAACCCCACACCUCCAAACCUCUGCCACUGGAAGCACUACAUGAGGGGCUUUACAAGCCCUGUGCUUGGGAAGUGCUGAGCACAGAGCUUGCAAAGUCCCCUGGGAAGUGCUUCGCAAGUGCCCAGCAGUCAGGUGAUCCUCAGCCAUUUGGGUCUUUACAAGCAGCAGAUUAAUAGUGCAUACAAAGCCCCGUUCAUCCAGGCACUGACUUUACCUGCUCUUAACUCAUGUCAUAUAUGGGCAGAUGGGCAUCUCAAGGGCCGAAUGGCAAGGGCUGCCAUGCCUAAUUAUGUCCAUGGGCUGGAGAUCCUCCACCCCCGUGCGCUAUACAUUAAGCUGUCGAAAUAGUUGUAGGUGGCUUUGUUUCUUUCCGGUAGUGCAUGAUGUGGAACCAGAUUACUUAAGAGAUUGCCUUGACGCAUAUAUCAUUACCUAACAAUUGCAUUCCUCCAAAUGGGCAUUGUUAAGGAUUCGUUAUGCUCCAGAGGUCUGCCUGACAUCAACUAGAAACCAGACCUUUAGUGUUGUGACUCCAGCUUUGUGGAAACAGCAGCUAGCAUUUUUGCUUUCAGAUGACUGUUGAAAACUUAACUUUUUAAGUGGGCUUUCUCUGAAGAGUAACAAACCAUUUUACAUUUUAUACUACACAGGAUCUUGUAAUUUAAUGUUUUAAAGACCUUUUUAUACUUGCGUAUUUAUAUUUUUACUAUUUACGUUCUCUUCAUAAUCUAGCUUUACGUUUUGGAAACACUUGUUAUGUAGGUUAUAUAUUAUUAAAUAAAUAAAUGUAAAGAGCUAUAUUGUUCUAGCUUAGUAUUAAUCUUAAAUGUACCCUGCCAAACUAUACCUGGCUGUAGUUGUUCCUCAGAGUCCUUUUAGGCUCUCAGUACAGGACUUGUUCUUUAACAUACUUGCCUUCCUUAUAGGAUUGCAUACCCAGUUGUUCAGAUGGCAACGCAGUCUGGAAAGAAUGUGUACUUGACUGUCACAAAGGAAUCUGGCAAUAGCAUAGUUCACCUUUUCAAGAUGGUCAGCACCAGAGCAGCUAGUGGACUGUACAGAGCGAUAACAGAAACACAUGCAUUUUACAGGUUUGUAUUUCUAGAAAACAAAUCCAGCUUCAAAUGCAUCAAAUAUUUCCUGCAUAAGUGCUUAAGUUUCUCUUUUUAGUUGAUAUAACAAUGGCGUAAACUUUAAUAUUUGUGAAAUAAAAGGUUUCAUUUUAUUCUGCUGCCUCCUGAGCGGAUUUAAUUUUGUUGGUUAGGAAUAUUCUUUUAUAUCUGAAGUGGGAAGAAGUGCUUGAAGAAACCUCUUGUAUGAACACAAGAUAAAGUUAACACUUCCUAAACAUACCAUUAAAUAAAUUUCUCAUGCAACUCUGGUUUAUCAAACUUGUAACAACCCAUUUCAAACUAUUCUCUUUUAGGGAAUGGAAAUAUUCAAAUUAAGAAUGCCGUUUUGUUUUUAGAAUAGUCUUCCAUGUUCUCAUUGCAAUUACAGUAUUAGAAUUAUUUGAAUAAACAGAGCCUGUUAUUUAACCUUUGUGUUCAGUUUGACUGAGUUAUACCUUGUUUUCCCCCCCACUCUGAUAGGUGUGACACUGUUACUAGUGCUGUUAUGAUGCAGUACAGUCGAGACUUAAAGGGCCAUUUAGCAUCCUUGUUCCUGAAUGAGAAUAUUAAUCUCGGCAAAAAGUAUGUGUUUGAUAUUAAGCGGACAUCUAAGGAAGCUUAUGAUCAUGCAAGGCGUGCCCUUUACAAUGCUGGCAUUGUGGAUCUUGUUUCGAGAAGCGACCAGAGCCCGCCCAGUUCUCCCCUUAAGUCUUCAGAGAGCAGUAUGAACUGUGAUAGCUGUGAAGGUCUCAACUGCCAGCAGAUGAAAGCUCUUCAAGAAAAGUUACGGAAGCUUAAAGAAUCCCUACUAUGUAUGGUAUGCUGUGAAGAAGAAAUAAAUUCAACAUUUUGUCCAUGUGGUCACACCGUGUGCUGUGAGUCAUGUGCUGCACAAUUACAGGUAAUUAUUAAGUUAAUUACAACAACAUUGAAUCGCAUAUUAAAUUAUUGGUCUGAUUUUUACAUUACAUGAAAGCAUAGUAUAAAACAACUGUGGCUUAAUGUGAGUGAGCAGUGGGCUGAUACAUAAUACUCUAAUCAUGUUUCUCCUCCCUUGCUGCUGCUGCAUUAUUUUUAUCAGAUUUAUAUACCGCCUUUCAUCUCAGUAUCACAGGGUAGAUUAGAGUAUAAAAACACAAAAACACAUAGUGAAAGCAAACAAAGCAAUAGCCUUCCCCUGUGCGUGCACCCACCCACCCACUUUUUAAAAAGUCAUAGAUUGUUUAAUGAGCCAAAGGCCUGGGAGAAGAGGAACAUUUUUGCCUGAUGCCUAAAGAUAUGUAGUGAAGGUGCUGGGAGAGCAUUCCACAAACAGAGCCACUGCAGAAAAGGACAAUUCUCUCUCUCUCCCUCCUUUAAAAAAAAAAUAUUGAAACUUUUCAGCAUAUGAUACAAUAAAAAAAUUAAUCCAAAGAAAAGAAGAAAAUACCAAGUCCUCUUUCAGAGAUAAAUCUUAACCCUUGUGUCACAUAAAAGUGGGCGGACCCUCCCAUCUCUCACCUGGGAACUUUUUCUUCCAGCUUCCCACCCUGCGAGAUCUUCCAUUCCUUGCCUCUAAUACAGUUUUUCGCUUUCCAUCCAUCACCUUCCUGUUCAUUCCCUCAUUAAGCCAGAGUAUAGGACCUUAGAAAAACAAAUCCAAAUGCAAAAGAAAAGGCCCAUUCUCAUGUUGCCACCCUCUGUACCUCGUGGUGAGGGCACAUGAAGAAGGGCCUCAUACGGUGAUCGCAGGGUCCGGCCCAGUUGCAAAGGAACAAGCCAGAGCUUGACUUGUGAUUUCCAAACUUGGGCUUCUGGCUUGUUUGGCCAAAUAAACCGUAAGUGGUAAGCCAAAAACAAACACUGGCAAGCCCAAGUUUGGACCUCACAGCAAGCCAUUCUCUGGCUUGUCAUAUUCGUAGCAUGGUGUCACAGCAGUAGUGCACCAGAAUGCAGUUCAUUUCUGUUAAGCCUUACUUGGCUUUAAGCUAUGCUAUAAUGUGAUGUGACAACUGAGUCACUACGUUUCCAAGUAUUUUGCUGUUCUCCAUACUUAAAACAAAUUCUCAAACCGGUUGACAAAACAGACAUAGAAGGGAACAUCGGUUCAUAGCAUUUAAUAGCUGUGUAUAGCCUUAGACUCUUUGGCAUACUGUUGAGAGAAGAUGGAGAUAAUUCCUUAGUAGUAGUUAAAAUACCCUGUCAAAUGCCUAAUUUGACCUACCAGGUAAGUAACACAGAUUUUGGUGAAAUUGCUGAAAAUAUUAGGCAUAAGCUUGAAAUUCUUUGGAACUUCACAUUUGUCAACAUUUUGUGGCAUCUUGAAAUUAAACAGUACUACUUACAUGGAGAUCAUAUGAUUUCUACUUUAGAUUCUGGAGCAUAUAUGUUCUAGUUAUGAACACAUUCGUAUAAAUCUGCUAAGGCCUGCUUUUGUGACAAGUAUUUUUAAAACUUAAAUAUAUAUCAGCAGAAAAACAGUGUUAGAACCUUCAGGCUAUGUGAACUGAUAAACCCUUAUAUUAGCCAUAAAGUUGUUAACAACAGUGAAUAAAUGUUCCAACUUUUGUUUUUUCCUUCUAGUCAUGUCCAGUUUGCAGAUCUCGAGUAGAGCACGUCCAGCAUGUGUAUUUGCCUACCCACACCAGCCUGCUUAAUCUGACCGUAAUCUGACCUCCAUGUUAUCACUGGAAGAUGUACACUAUACAAGCUUUUAAACUAUCUUGUACUUCCAAAAUACUGCACUAAUGUUUUCUCCGACUCCAUUGAUGGUGAAGGUGAGCUGUCACUUCAGCAUCUGCCAGCAAUUAUAGUCAAAACGACUGCAACAAAACUAUGGGGGGAGGGAGGGGAGAAUAGGGAACGAUCUCUGUUUAGAGAAUUUGUUUUAUGGGUAUACUGUGAAUGACUUGUAGACAACCUCAUGUCACAUGAAGCAACAUUUAUUUAUAAAAUGGCAAUAUACAAAAAAAAUCUGAGAGGAGGAAAGAUGAAAAGUUACUCCGUAGUAUCCAGCAAGGGCAACACUGCCUGUUUUUGCAAUUAUAAAUAUUGUUUUUAAAGUUACUUUAUUUAGCAUGAUCACUCCAUUUAUCUUUUAGGAAAACUAGUUUUUUAAUAUCUACAUCUGUUAUUUCACAGAAACUUAGUUUCUGCUUUUAGUCUCACUGAAGAAACUAUUUUUAAAUCUUUGUAUUUAAGAACCUAAGAUUGCAAAGCUUUAAGCAAAUAGUUGUAUUUGUUUCAUCAAAAAUAGGUAACUUGCAAAAUUUACUAUAAAGAUUUGAGUAAAUUUGGCAGCCUGUUGGGCACCUCCUGAGAAGAAAAUGCUGAAAUACUUACAUUAAAAAAAGUAACUUUGAACAUCUGUGAAACAUUUUUCUCUUGCAAGAGUCAGUUGUUUCUCUUGUACUUGUUUCUGUUUAUCUGCCUUGUGUUGGGAGAAAUGUAUUCUCAAACAGUAUAAUAUUAAUAUGGUUUUCUAAAAUGCAGCUGUGUUAAAUUAUUCUUUCUUAAAACCGUCUUACCUUCUACCACAAACCCUGUCCCUGGGCAUUUUGGACUUUGGUCAGCUAGUGAAUGCUCCAAAAUAUUGAAAACUAGAUGACCAUGUUUGGGUGCAAUACUAGCUAAAAAGAAAGCUAGAAAAGUCACUUUACUGAGACUUUCUGAAUAUACUUUUCAUAUUGCCUUAAUGUAGCAGUAAUGUGUGUAUGCAUUUGUUUCUUUGCACAGACAUUUUGUCAAAAUAUUAAAGCUCUACUUUUUUAUGGCACAUUAGCGUAUAAACCUUACUCCAAAAGGUAUUUAUUUUUUCACUUUGUAAAAAGUUUUCUUUCCACAUGAAGCAAGAACUCCUAUUAUGGUAGACAACUUGUCUUUUUUAUAUAUUCAGGUUAAUAAAGGACUUUUUUAUAUACGG